AUCACGGUCCAAUCAGUAUGCGCACUCUGUAUAUAAUGACCAUAGCCAGAUAAACAAUGUUCAGUAUCUAAUCAAGCCAAAAAGCAGCCAGCAUCGAAGCGAGCUGCUGAACAGUUAAAGAGCGCGGCUAGCUAGCAUAUCAUUAUGGAAGUACUGUUGCACGAGAGUAGUACCGCGACGGUCGGGAAUGGGCGCGAAAAGAUUGACAGCGUCUAUCCGUCCAAACCGAUGGUCACCGCAGACCCCGAGAAAGCCUUUUUCGAAAAUGCCAAAUUUUCUAUGCUUCCACAACGGUCGCCUGUCGAUAUACUGUUCGAAAAUGUCACCUAUACAGCGACCGAGGGGAAUAUCUGCACAAAGAAAAGUAAGUUAUUUGUCCUGAGUAAUGAUUUUAUCAAAGUUGGAAAAACUGAGCACAUUAUUAGAGUUUACCCAUUGUGA